AUGGCUUGUCCGUUUCAACGUGUCAAAGGUGUUCAACUAAAAAGAGCCCUAACUACUCGUCAGGGCUCGCUCCAAAUCGCUUUGGAGGAAGAAGAAGAGGACAAAAACACUUUGAAUUUGGAACAGCUGAAUUCGGCCAUACGAAUUUUAACCAACCCGCCGAACGAGUCUGUGCACGCGGCCGUAAAGUCUCUAGUCCAUCGAGAACAAGAGUGCGAUCCUACAAAAUACGAAUGUCUAAAAGAGCUACCCCAAAACGUACCCACCCACCAGCAUUAUGCUUAUCUCGAGGAUGUUUACCAUAUUUUACAGAGCGAUUCAGAUAUAAACGAAACGGAAUUCUUGCACAAACUGGGUCAAGAGUUAAUAAGCACGUGCUAUACGGACCGUAUGGAGCGAGCAUUCAAAUGUCUCGGCGGCGAUCUCAAAGAGUUCCUUACUACACUAGACGGCGUCCACGACGUAUUGAAAUAUCAGAAAAAUGUCAGAGAUGGAGAUCGUCUGGAAGCCGAGGCGGCUUUUGUAUGCAACGCCCUGGACGAUUCCAAUUUGCAUUUGGAUUUUACGACCGAACGACCGGCGGUAGCGGAUCUUCUGGUCGGCAGCCUUAAGGCCGUAGCCAGAAUAUUAUAUUCGACCGAAACAGACGUUACAAUGACGAAGAGUUCAGACAGCGACAAACAUUUUAGGUUUCAUAUACACAAACUACCCUCAGCAACAGCAACAUUGUACAAACAAGAUUCUAGAAUAAUUAGCGACAAUUUACCCAUAGGAAUACCGGUGUUUUGUCGAGCUUUUCCUUGGCAUUUUGUUGUAGACAAAAAACUCGAACUCGUACAGCUGGGCAUCGGUUUCAUGCGGUUGUUCGGACGUCUACUGAAAACCAACGGCACCGCCGUCUCAACCUACUUCCACGUCAAUCGACCCAGAACGCUCACGAUGUGUUUUAGCGAAAUUGUUAAAAGGGCAAACACACCGUUUGUCUUGGCCGUUAAAGACGGACACUUUCAACCCAACACAUUAGAAUUGAAAGGGCAAAUGGUACAUUGUCCCGAAUCCGAUUCGAUCCUAUUUAUCGGUUCGCCUUUCAUCGACGGCUUAGAAAAGCUGACUGGAAGUGGCCUUUUUAUUUCCGAUAUUCCACUACACGACGCGACAAGAGACGUCAUUUUAGUCGGAGAACAGGCUAGAGCACAGGACGGAUUACGAAGACGAAUGGACAAACUGAAAAGUUCCAUCGAAGAAGGAAACCGGGCGGUGGAUAAAGAACGAGAAAAGAACGUCAGUUUGUUGCACCUGAUUUUUCCGCCCGACAUAGCGAAACGUCUCUGGCUGGGCGAAGCCAUCGAGGCGAAAACCCACGAGGAUGUGACGAUGCUUUUCAGCGACAUCGUGGGAUUUACGUCGAUCUGUUCGACGGCCACACCGAUGAUGGUGAUAAAUAUGCUGCAGAAUCUUUACAAUCAGUUCGAUGUCUAUUGCGGCCAGAUUGAUGUAUAUAAAGUGGAAACAAUAGGAGAUGCCUACUGCGUCGCAGGAGGACUACACAAAGAUACCAGGACGCACGCGCAGCAAAUUGCCUGGAUGGCGAUGCGCAUGAUCGAAACUUGCUCUUACCAUCAGACGCACGACGGACAACCCAUAAAGAUGCGGAUAGGGUUGCACACAGGCUCGGUACUGGCCGGAGUAGUGGGCGUAAAAAUGCCCAGGUACUGCAUGUUCGGCCACAACGUCACUAUUGCCAACAAGUUCGAGUCAGGGAGCGAGCCUUUGAAAAUCAACAUUAGCCCUACAACUUACGAACGUUUACUGGAUACGCCAGGAUUUACUUUCGAAGCUCGCGACCGUUCCAGUCUUCCCAAAGAUUUCCCGGCUAAUAUUCCGGGAACUUGUCACUUCAUUAAGGACUUUAAGCACCCGAAUGUCGCCGAAGAUGCCCCUUUGGUCGAGCACAUCAACGCCGGACUUAGAGAUAUCGGUUUGAACGAGGACUGA